GCACGUUGUAAUUCAAACUAAAGGAGACAAUUUUCAUAAGCCAUUUCUGGCAACUAGAACUCCUAAGCACUUUCCUUAUUUGUUCUUACUUUCUUGAUUCCUACUUGAGUGUUCUUAUGUAGCUUUUCUAAAAGCCUACGAACGUCCUAUUUUGGACCAACAGCUAUCAUUUUUGUAAACAAAAUUUAUUUUAGUCUAUAGAAAUUAUUUUUAUGCUUGUGGUUGCCCGCGGGGGUCUGUUAUCUGGUGUGAUAACAUGCGAAACGGCGUGGAGUACUGCUCCAUUACUCCUCCCCUUCGGUGAUGCUAUGCUAUUAUUAGUGGAGUGGUUUUUCGCCCACAGUUUUAAUGGAUCCAAACCCGAUUACAGCAUACACGGAUCCUGAACUGAAGACUGCCUAGGAGAGAGCAGCAUCAAUGGAAUUCAGCCGGGUUGAAUCUCGACCCGGACCCGGUUCCCCUCAACCCCAUCGCCUGAACAAGUUUGCUUUUCUCAGUGCCGUUUUGGCUUCCACCAAUUCUAUUCUCUUGGGUUAUGAUCUGGGAGUCAUGAGUGGCGCGGUGUUGUUCAUAAAGGAAACGUUCAAGCUUUCAUCAGUUGAGCAUGAAUUGCUAGUGAGCUUGCUGAACGUUUCUUCUUUGGUUGGGUCUCUUGCUUCUGGAAAAACUUCAGAUUUGAUAGGCAGACGCUACACCAUUGUCCUGGCUGCGGCAACUUUCGUAAUCGGAGCCCUCCUCAUGGGACUCGCCCCGUCAUACCCCUUCCUUCUCGCCGGCAGGGUUGUCGCCGGCGUCGGCGUCGGUUACUCUCUCAUGAUCGCUCCGGUCUACACCAGCGAGGUGUCGCCGGCCAUGACCCGGGGAUUUCUAUCCUCUCUCCCGGAAGUGUUCAUCAACGUUGGCAUUCUCACCGGCUUUGUCUCCAACAUCCUUUUGGCAGGCCUCCCGGCCGGCAUUAACUGGAGGCUCAUGCUGGGCCUCUCCGGCGUUCCGGCGAUCGGGAUCGCCGUCGCCGUUAUCCGGAUGCCGGAGUCUCCCCGGUGGCUUGCCAUGAAAGGGAGGCUCAGUGAAGCGAAGAUGGUUCUGCUCAGGACUUCGGGAAGCGGAGAGGAAGCAGAUCUGAGGCUGGAAGAAAUAACGAAGGCGGCGGCGGCGGGUGGUGGGGGGGCGUGGAAGGAGCUUCUCCGGCCGACGCCUCCGGUGCGUCGGAUGCUGGUCACCGCGGUCGGAAUAAACUUCUUCAUGCAAGCCUCCGGGAACGAUGCGGUGGUUUACUACACGCCGCUGGUCUUCCAAUCGGCCGGAAUCAGCAGCAGGAAGGGGCAGAUAGGGGUGACGAUCGUGAUGGGGCUGGCUAAAACCUUGUUCGUUUUGGUGUCCGCGCUGUUCUUGGACAACUUCGGGCGGCGGCCUAUGUUGUUGCUGGGCACGGUGGGCCAGGCCGCGAGCCUUCUCGGGCUUGGGUUGGGCUCAACCUUUCUGCUGCGCUCGCAUGAGAAGCCGGUAUGGGCCAUCGCGCUGUGCGUGUUGGCGGUGUGUGCGGACGUGUCGUUCUUCUCCAUCGGGCUUGGGCCGGUGACGUGGGUAUACUCGGCGGAAAUAUUCCCGCUGAGGCUGAGGGCCCAAGGAUCGGCCCUGGCAGUUUCAGUGAACAGGUUGGUGAGCGGGGCGGUGUCGGCCACGUUUCUGAGCGUGUCCAGGAAGAUCACAUUUGGAGGGACGUUUUUUGUGCUUUCGGGGGUCAUGCUUCUGGCGUCGCUCUUCUUUUACUUGCUGUUGCCCGAAACGAAAGGCAAGAGCCUGGAGGAUAUGGGGGCGUUGUUUGAUGACCACAAACCCACCCAACUUCAAACACACGUCUAAGCAUUUAUUUAUUAACCUAAUAACGUCCUCUCUCCUUUUGUUAUUUUUAGUGUAAUACUCCGUAUAUGUAUCGUCUCAUCACGUAAUUCGUUCAACCAUGCUUGGGGAUAGGGCAAAUUAUACCGUGGGAUCGGCCCACCAUGAGCAUGGUGUGCCGAUCCCAAACGACAUAGUUUUAUUAAUAAAAAAGCAACCACCUCUUGUUCGCUGGCUAGGUAUAGCCGGUGCUGCACUGCCACCGGUGCUGCACUGCCACCGACUUAGUUAUUACGCAGCACAAAGGGAACGUAGCGAGCAACAAUUCUUCCUGGUGUCUUGACAAUUAAAUCGCAAACCCUAGGAGCGGAUGAAACUUCAUGGUGUCCUGAUGUCUCUUAACGUUGCUGCCAUGAGGAACUUAGAAGCUAUUUAGGAAUCUUCUUUACACACACACACACACACAUAUAUAUAUAUCUUAUACAGUAUUGAACAAUUUAUAUUUUGAUUUGGCUCAAGUUAUAUUUGAAAAUACACACAGUUACAUAAAUUUUGUUCGCGAGUUACAAUUUCUUACCCAUGGUUUACAUCAUUCAUGUACGCGAGUUACAUUUGAACUUGUCUUAGCAAGUUACAUUUUGCAUGAGCGUGAGUUAUAUUUUUUAUCAAG